CUUGUGCCAGUUAGGAAUGACUGACAGAAGAAUCUCGUGUAUUCACGCGAGAUGUCUUGUGGAAUAGUGGGCGCGAAUUCGGUAAGUCUGGUGGUCGUUCCCGUCAGCCGUUUGUUGAGUUCGCCAUCUAAGUUUCAUUUCCCCUAAAAUUAGGCUAAGUGCCCAAGAUGUCAAAAAGGAAAAACACCUCCGUUGUUGACCACCAGUCCACCAAACGCACCAAACCUGUGCAGGAUGAAGAAGGCGAAGAUUUGAAAGUUUAUGAUAGCGACCACGAUGAUCAUGUGCCGUGUGCCGGUGAGGUGGUGAGUGAUGCAGGGAUUGUGGAGAGCAUCACACUGAAGAACUUCAUGUGCCACUCGCUUCUCGGCCCGUUCACUUUUGGCUCCAAUGUCAACUUUGUUGUCGGCAAGAAUGGAAGUGGAAAGAGUGCCAUACUGACAGCUCUCAUAGUUGCCCUGGGUGGGAAUGCAUUGGCCACAAACAGAGGAUCAUCUCUCAAAGGUUUUGUGAAGGAGGGAGAAAGUUCAGCUGAUGUAUCGAUCACCCUGCGUAACAAAGGAAAGGAUGCAUACAAACCUGAGGUGUAUGGUCAGUCCGUCAUUAUCGACCUGAGAAUAACACGAGAGGGGCUGAGAACAUAUAAACUGAAGAGCAAAUCAGGUCAUCUUGUCUCAAACAAAAAGGAAGAUCUCCUGUCCAUCUUGGACAAUUUCAAUAUUCAGGUCAACAAUCCUGUGUCCGUUCUCACUCAAGAAAUGAGCAAAUACUUCUUACAUUCUAAAGGAGAGGGGGACAAAUAUAAGUUUUUUAUGAAAGCUACCCAGCUGGAGCAGAUGAGAGAGGACUUUGUCUACAUCAAAACCACCAAGAGUAUCACAGAGGAGAAAGUUGAACAACAUGGUGAAUGCUUGAAAGACUUGAAGCGGAAGUACUUGGAGAAGGAGGACCGUUACAAGAGCCUGGCGUCACUUGAAGAAAUGCAUAAAAAACUGCAGGAGUUGCAGAAUCAAAUGGCUUGGGCCCUGGUGGCUGAGUUGGAGAAGGAUUUGGAGCCAAUGAAGGAGAAGCUGCAGUCAGACAGACGUGCUACAGAGAAAUUUGAUGAGAAGGUGGAUGAAUGGAAGAAUAAGGUGGAGGAGGCCGAGAGGAAGCAAAAGCAGAGCCAGGAACAGCUGGAUAAGAUCAUGCAGCAGCUCUCAGAGCUCCAAUCCAAAUGUACUGAGCUCAAGACCGAGGUCCAGAGACGAAAUACCAUUUUAAAAUCCAGCGAGGUCACGGUCCACAGAUGCAAGGCUAACCUGAGGGACCUGGAAAAGGACAAGGUCCAGCUGUCUUCAAGGAUACAUGAUCUCAAUCUGAUCAUCAGUCAGACAACAGGAGCAGAAAGCCAGGCCAGGGUUGAGCAUAUGGAGCAGAUACAGGCCGAGCUGGACAACCUGAUGCACCACAUCUCUACUCUGGACCAGCAGAUUGACCAGUAUCAGCUUGCCUGCAGCCGUGCCAAGGAGGAGCAGGGAAAGAUGAGGAGAGAGCAUGAAAUGCUCCAGAGGUCCAUUGAAACCAACAGAAGGAACCUGCAUACUAUGGAGAGCAGUCGGUCCAAUCGCCUGCGGCGUUUUGGAGAGCAGAUGCCCGCACUCCUCAGUGCCAUCGAGGACGCCCACAGAAAGGGCCAGUUCAAACACAAACCACGAGGACCUCUGGGUUACCACAUUAGUCUGAAGGACCCCGAACUCGCACUGGCUAUAGAGGUAUGUCUUAAAGGCCAGCUGCAGGCCUUCACUUGCGAUAACCAUGGAGAUGAGAGGGUGCUACAGGGACUCAUGUCCAAAGUGUUCCCACCUGGUCGUAGACCUGCCAUCAUCACCAGCCAUUUUCUUCCUUCUGUCCAUGACACAAGAAAGAGGGCAGUGAAUCACCCCGAAUACCCCUCCGUGCUGCAAGCUCUAGAUAUUGAUGACCCUGUUGUGGCCAACUGCCUGAUUGAUCAAAGGGGUAUAGAGAGCAUUCUACUCAUUAAGAAUCGUACAGAGGCUCGGCGAGUGAUGCAGGGCAGAAACCCUCCUCAGAACUGUACCCAGGCCUUCUCUAAGGACGGAGAUCAGAUAUUCAUCAACCGCAGUUACACUGCUGAGCUUUCCAGAGCCAAGUACCUCUCAGGAGAUGUUGAGGAGGAGAUCAGGCACCUGCACAGGGAUGUGGAGAACCAGAAAGCUCAAGCAAAUCGCUUCCAGCAACAGAUGAGAAAGUUAGAUGAAGACAUCAAACAGAAUGAAGGGCUGCUGAGAAGAACCCACAUAGAACAGAACACCACCAAAGACAAGGCCACAAAACUACAGCUGGAGCUGACUGACCUGAAAAACGUGGAAGAGCCUCAGUCAGAGGACCUCAGGCCCCUGGAGGAAGAUCUUCAGGAGAUUAUUGCCAAGAUUUCCUCCAAGCGUGUCGAGUGUGAUAAGGCACAAGCUCAAAUGGCUGAGCACAAGACCUUUUAUGAGAAGGCAGAGCGAGAGUACAAGCAGCACAAAGAGCAGAUCCACACAGUCGCCGAGGAAGCAGAUUCAACAAAGGAGGAGCUGAGUAGAACCGAUCAGGAGGUGAUGAGGUGCAAGCAUCACAAGAAACACUAUGACGGGAAACGAAGUGCCCAUCUCCAGAACAUAAAGACCCUCGAAGCCAAUCUGGCUAGCAAGGAGCAGGAACUUCAGACAUCUAUAGCCAAGGCCACCGAAAUCUGUCCAGAGCGCCUGGAGGUUCGACGGACAGCAAGGAGUCUGGACAGUGAGAUCAGCCGCAUCAAGGUUAAGAUCACGACCCAGCAGGAGCAACAGGGGGACCGGGAGGAGGUUGUGAGGCAGUAUAGAGAGGCUCUGGCUAACUACAAGAACAUGGCACAGCAAAUGAAGAACCUCAACAGCUUCAUCAGAAGUCUGGACAGUGUUAUGAACCAAAGGCUCCAGGUUUACGCUGACCUCAGGAGGUUCCUCUCGGCCCGCUGUAAAUACUAUUUUGAUAGCAUGUUGGCCCAGAGAAGCUACACUGGAAGUAUGACCUUUGACCACAAGAAUGAAACCCUCUCCAUCUCAGUGCAGCCUGGCCAAGGAAACAAGGCUGACUUGAGUGACAUGCGCUGCCUGUCCGGAGGCGAGCGCUCCUUUUCCACUGUUUGCUUUGUUCUCUCUCUUUGGGCCAUCACGGAGGCGCCUUUCCGCUGUCUUGACGAGUUUGAUGUUUACAUGGACAUGGUGAACAGAAGGAUAUCAAUGGACAUGAUGCUGAAGGUGGCUGCCGGUCAGCGAUACAGACAGUUCAUUUUCCUCACCCCACAGAGCAUGAGAUCUCUUCCUGAGACCAAAAUCAUUCGCAUCCUCCGCCUUGAAGAUCCAGACCGUGGCCAAAACAACACACAAAGAAACGGAGACGAGGACGAGUAGUGUUGCCAGUUUACUCGAGGGAAGUGGUCCGUCUGUUACUGUAUCUGUGUUAAGGAGUUGAGCUAAUGAGACCACUAGCAGGCGCUGAGACCCUCCGCUGGUCUGACUCCAGGACGUGGGGUCGUGUUCUGAUUCUCUUCUUCUGGGAAAUUAAAGGCAGUGCAGCCACACUGACUGACUUCUGUCUGUGUUCUCAAGCAGUUACAGCUGCUCAAUGUUCUGCUUAGUAAGAACUUAAAUGGUUAGUUAAGUUAAUUCAUGGACCAAUACGUUGGUGUAAGUACGGUUGCAUUGAGGGGCAGAGCACAAGGAGUACCAGUACACCAGUGUGACAGUAUUUUUCUGUCCCUUGCAAACUUAACUGUUAAAUGGCACAUUGAAAGAAUUAAUGAUGCCAUUGUAAGCUAUAUUUAUUGUUCUUGUUCUUGUGGUUUUUUAUGCAUUAAAGCAUAUUUUUCAGGAUUGUA